AUGUUAAUAAUUUGGUUUAUUUUAUCGUUUCCAUUAAUUUUAGCUGAUACCAUCCUGGACUUCCGAGAAUUCAAGGGAGAUCCAUUCAGGAUAGAGGUUUCUGAAUCUAUAUAUAUAACCAGCGAGGGAAAACUUCAUUUUAAAGAAAAAGAAUACAUUCGACUCACAGGAGCAUUUGAUAAUCAGGGAGAAUUCUUAGGUACAACAAAACAAUCAGGAAAAGGAUUGACUGUCUUGCAUAUAAAUACCAAGGCAGUGUUUAAGAAUACUGGAACAUAUACAGUUGAAGCCAACAGCGACAAUAAAAACCAUUUCGAAAUUAAUUUUCAAAAAUUUAUCAAUCUGGGAACAUUAGUGUUGGAUAGCUUAUCAUCUGCUGGCACAUAUAUGAAGAUCCUAGGAACCAAGAAUUGGGAAAAUCAUGGAACAAUUAUAGCUCGAGAUGGUUCACUGAAUAGAGGAACUAUUCAAAUGCUGUCAGAAGAGUCUGGUGUGUUGCUUCCGAUUCACCAUCCUAUUACCAAUAAUGGAAUUAUUAAACUUUACAACCUUUACUAUGCUCAGCCAGCUAGUAAUAUCUACGGUGUGGGUUGUAUUGUGCUCGAACAAAAUUCUUAUUUGAGAUUAAAUUCAUGGUAUACAUCCAACGAUCAGAAUUUUGUCAUGGGAAUAGAUUCAACUAUAUCGGUGGGAUUCUCACUGAUUUUUCGUCAAUAUAAUAUUAUAAAUUUUGGCAGAGGAAAUAAGAUUGGGUUGGACCUGAGUUUGUAUACUCCGACGUAUGACUCCAAGAAAGGUUUAUUAACUCUCAUGAGCUUUCUGGGAAGUACAAAAUACUUUUUCAUAGGUCCGGGAUAUAGGGAAAAUAAGUUUAAAUUAGAGGGCAGUUAUGUCACUUAUAUUGAUGAUCCACCUAAUAUAUCUGAUCUGUGCAAGGAAUUUUCGGAUGGAAAUGGUGAUUCACCAACAGUUGAUAGUAAUGAAACAAAAGAGGGGGAGGCUAUUGAUUUACUGGAAGUGGGACUUUAUGUAUGUAAUGAAAAUGGGGACAAUAAGUGCCCAGAAGUUCCUGCUGGUGGCAGUGGCAGUGGAGGUAAUAAUGAGGUAGAAGUACCUGGAACAGUUGGUGGAGGUGGUAGAAACGAGAAUGAACUUGGACUUCCUAGUAUAGGUGGAGGUUAUGAUAAGGAAGUAGAAGUUAGUGGUGGAACUGUUGCGGGUGGUGGUGAAAAUAAUAAAGUUCCAAGUCCUGGUGGUAGUAAUGAGAAUGAAGUUGAACUUGUUGGUACGAUCGAAGGUAGUAGUGGCAAUGGAAAUAAAGAAGAAGAAAAUCCUGGUGGUAUCGAUGAAGGUGGUAAUAAAGAGGAAGAAGUUCCUGGUGAUUAUAGUGAAGUAGAACUUCCUGGUAUUGCCGAAGGAGGUGGUAAUAGUGAUAGUAACGAAAUGGAACUUCCUAGUAUCAUUGAAGGUGGCGAGGGUAGUAAUAAAAAUGAGGUAGAAGUUCCUGGUAAUGAUGUUGAAAAUGGAGGUGGUAAUGAGAAGAAUGAAGUAGAAAGCACAGCUGGUAUCACUGAAGGUGGUGCUGAUAAGGAAAAAGAAGUUCCUGAUAUCGCUGAAGGUGGCAAUGGCAAUAAAGAAGAAGAAAAUCCUGGUGGUAUCGAUGAAGGUGGUAAUAAAGAGGAAGAAGUUCCUGGUGAUUAUAGUGAAGUAGAACUUCCUGGUAUUGCCGAAGGAGGUGGUAAUAGUGAUAGUAACGAAAUGGAACUUCCUAGUAUCAUUGAAAGUGGCGAGGGUAGUAAUAAAAAUGAGGCAGAAGUUCCUGAUAUUGUUCAAGCUAACAGUGAUGGUAAUGAAAAUGAGGUAGAAGCACCUGGUGACAAUGUUGAAAAUGGCGAUGGUAGUGACAAGAGCGAGGUAGAAAAUCCUGGCGGUAUUGAUGAAGGUGGUGUUGAUAAGGAGGUACAAAUUCCUGGUAACGUUGAAGGUGGUAGUAUCAAUGAGAAUGAACUUGAAGUAGUAGGUAUAAUUGGAGGUGGAAGUGAUGCUGAUGGUAAUAAAGCAAAUAUUUCAGAUGGUAGUAAUAGUGAUCUCAAUGAACUUGAAGCCCCUCCUAGUACUGAGGAAGCAGGUAGUAAUAAUAAUGUGAAUGAAGUGGAGAUACCUGGCAGUAGUAUUGAAGGUGUUGGUGAUAUUGAACUUGAAUUACCUAGUAUAGUUGAAGGUGGUGGUGAUAAGGAAGUAGAAGUUCCUGGUAUCAUUGAAGCAGGUGGUAAUAGUGAUAAAGUAGAAGUGACUAGUGGUGGCAGUGCUAGUGGAGAUGAAAAUGAUGUAGAAGUGCCUGGUACAGAUGGUGGAGGUAGUAGCAAUGAGAAUGAACUUGAACCUCCUAGUAUAGUUGAAGGUGAGAAUGAUGGCGAAAAAAAUGAGGUAGAAGUUGUUGGUGGAACUGUUGUGGGUGGUAGUGGUAGUGGUAAGGAGGAAGAAGUUCCUAGUAUCGUUGAAGGUGGUAAUGGUGACGAGAAAGAAGUAGAAGUUCCUGAUGGUGGUAGUGGUGGUAUUGGAGAUAAUAAUGAGAUAGAAAUACCUGGUAUACCUGAAGGUGGAAAUGAUAGCGAUGAUACUAAUCUCAAUAUUCCAGGUGGUAGUACUAGUGAUACAAAUGAACUUGAAGUUCCUGGUGGUCAAAGUGGUAGUGACGGUAACAAGGGCGAAAUAGAAAACACUGGUAUUGUUGAAGGUGGUUAUGAUGGUAAGGAUGUAGAAAGCACUGUUGAUAUCACUGAAGGUGGUGCUGAUAAGGAAAAAGAAGUUCCUGAUAUCGCUGAAGGUGGCAAUGGCAAUAAAGAAGUAGAAAAUCCUGGUGGUAUCGCUGAAGGUAGUGAUAAGGAGGAAGAAGUUCCCGUAGACUAUAAUGAAGUAGAACUUCCUGGUAUUGCCGAAGGAGGUGGUAAUAGUGGUAGUAACGAAAUGGAGCUUCCUAGUAUCAUUGAAGGUGGCGAGGGUAGUAAUAAAAAUGAGGUAGAAGUUCCUGGUAAUGAUGUUGAAAAUGGAGGUGGUAAUGAGAAGAAUGAAGUAGAAAGCACAGCUGGUAUCACUGAAGGUGGUGUUGAUAAGGAGAGAGAAGUUACUGAUAGUGGUGAAGGUGGCAAUGGCAAUAAAGAAGUAGAAAAUCCUGGUGGUAUCGAUGAAGGUGGUAAUAAAGAGGAAGAAGUUCCUGGUGAUUAUAGUGAAGUAGAACUUCCUGGUAUUGCCGAAGGAGGUGGUAAUAGUGAUAGUAACGAAGUGGAACUUCCUGAUAUCAUUGGGGGUGGUGCUGAUAAGGAAAAAGGAGUUCCUGAUAUCGCUGAAGGUGGAAGUAAUGAUAAGGAAGUAGAAACUCCAGGUAGUACUUCUGAAGGUUCUUCUAAUGAAAUUAACAAUGGGGACGAUAGCAAAGAUCAGGUUGAUGGCAGUGGAUCCAAUGAAAUUAAAGAUGGAAUAACCGAAACAAAUGGAAGCGACAGGGAUGAUGGAUCCAAAAGUGGACCUCAGCCAGAUGGGAGCGGAUCAAACGGAACAGAAGAAGGAGAAAAUGUAUCGAAUGGAGAUAACAGCGGUGAUUCAUCCAAUAAUGAUCCCUCAUCUGAAUUCAAUGGUAUUCCACCUGAAUCCAAUAGUGGGUCCACACAUGUACCUGAUGGUGCAAAAGGAAGUACUAGUGAAGGGAACUAUGGCGGUGAUGUAUUGGGAAAUGGUUCCAUCGAUGAUUCCGAUGAGAAAAAGCUAGCAGAAACGAAUAAUGGAUCAGAUGGUAUUAGAGAAACUUCAAAUGAAACAAACGACAAAGACAGUAAUAGUGAAUCCAAGAAUGAAACUCCACCUGAAUCUAAUGGCUCCAUACCUGGAAGUACACCGGGUUCCAAUAGUGGAGUUUCAGAUGGUAUGAAUGAAUCUAAUGGAGUAAACACUGAUGGUUUUACUGAUGGAACCCCAUCGGGUCCUGAUGGCGAGGGUGGAAAUGAGUCAAAUGGAGAAGGAACUGAGAGUGAAUAUGAUAAUAAGGAUAUAUUAGGAUCUAAUGGAAUUCAGACAGGUGGAAAUGAUGCCAGUUUAGGGUCUAUCAACGGAUCUCAAAUUGAAGAAGGUGAAAACAAUGAUCAAGAUAUAGGGAAUGGGGUUAAUGGAAAGGAUCCUAAUGGAAACGGUGAUGAGAAUAUAUCUAACAACGGAGCACAAUUAGAAUCUAAUGGGCACAAUUCUAUCCAAGAAGGAGUGGGUAAUACUAAUGAAAAUGGUCUUGGUGGAUCUAGCAGUAAUGUGGAACCCGAGGGUAGUGUACCUAAUGUUGAAAAUAAGGAAGAACAUGAGGGACAUUUACAAGUACCGGUGAUUGAAGAGAAUACAAAUCCAGAAAGCGUUCCCGGAAACACGGGUGCAUCUCCGAAUCAAGAAGGCGAGGAAGGAGAACUGCAAGUCAAUGGAGAAGGUAGUGAACACGAAUUUAGUGGUAGCAAUACAGGUAGUAAUACAGGCGAAGAUGUAAAUAAAGAGGUAAAUGGUACAGGAGGUAAUGACAAGGAUACAAAUGUUGGUUCUACAAUUGGUGGUAAUGUUGAUAUUAUUGACAAGGGCGAUAAAACUGAAGGUGAAGCUGUCUAUAUCGUGCAAGGGGAAAUUUAUGUAUGGGAUGAAAAUGAAAACGGAGAUGAUAAAAACUCAGGUGCUAUUACUGAUGGUACUGAGAAACCUAUGAAUCAAGUGGAUGGUGAAGGAGAAUUAGUGGAUGACAAAGGUGGGGUUGGAAACUCAAGUAGUGAUACAGAUAAUUAUGAAAAGGGUGAUACCGGAGAUAGUGAACAUAAAGAGGGCACUGGUGUAGCAAACAUUACAGGAGGUAAUAACAAGGAUACAGCCGUAAUUAGUGAGAAUGGUAAUGAAGAAAUAUCAAUUCCUGGUGAUGAAAAUAAGGUGGAAAUUCCUGUUGGUACGGUUGAAGGUAGUGUACAAAAUGGUAACCAUGUUGAACAGAGUGGUAAUCCUGAAAAUGGCGAUAUUAGUGAUAAUAGUGCUAAUGAAGAAGUGGCAAUUUCUGGUGGUCCACUUGAAGGUACUGCUACAGAAAUUGAUUCAACUGACAAGUAUGAUAGUGGAAAUGAGUUGAAAGUACCUAGUAGUGAAAAUGAAGGAAAAGAUCAACUUAAUAGUGAUGGUGAAAUUAUUACUGCUGAAGGAGAUAAGAAGAAUCAAUCAGCAAAACCAACUGUCCAAGAAGAAACCAAUCAAGUAAACCCAGUCAAAGAAUCAAAUAGUGAGCAACUACCCGCUAUGAUUUCACCUUCCAAUAUAUUACAAAAUACCGAGGAAAAAACUGAACUAAGCUUUAUUGAACAAGGUUCAUUUGUCGACCCAUCCAAACCCUUUAAACUUUUUGUCGAGAACAAUCAAAUAGACUUGUAUUUCGCAUUGAGUAAAGACGGUAUUAUUGUGGUUGACGAACAUAAAUAUUCUUUAUUUGAGAUUCAGGCAGGAGGUGAGCUAACAGCAGAUGGAGAAUAUAUUCGAGUAUUGGAAAGUGGUAAAAUGAUUGCUACCAGUGAACUGCGACUUGCAACAAGAGUUUGGUCAAUAGUUCAAGGAAAACUUGAUUUAUCUAAACCAACCAUGAAACGUGGAUUUGUUGAAUUUACUGUUUGUGAUCAAGUGGUUUAUGUUAAUGGUAUAGGUCAAGGAUGUAAGAAUGUGGAAGUACUUUUUGAAAAUUCAAAUGAAGAUUACAAAAGCUUAUCUGAGGUUCAAAUUGAUUCUAAAGAGACUGGAGAAGCUCAAAUUGGUAUUGCGAAUUCUACAGCUAUCGAGACUGGGAAUGAAUCAACUCAAUAUAUGACUGAACUGGUCAUAGCAAUUGUUAUCGAAACUGGAACCGUCACUGUAGUUACCACUGAAGAAACUAUAUAUCAAAGUGGUGUAACUAUUGUUUCCUCCAAUGAUUCUCCUGUUAAUACCAUAGAAGAGUUUGAUGACUUACAAUCAACUGACCUUGGAAAUCCCAGUGAUACUAUUACUCAAAUUCUCAUUGAGGGUGGAAUAAAUAAAACCGUCACUACAGAUGCAAAAAUUAAAAGCCAAUCUGAUGAAUUUCAUAUUUCCUCAACAGUAGAAUCCAUUUCCAAAACAACUGGUGAUAGCUACAAUACUAUCAGUAAUAGGAAAUCCAUUCCUACUAUGAUGCUGGCUAAUUGUGCUCAAGACGGUUGUAAAGAGUAUACGAAAGUCGUGGAUAUUGGUAUCUAUGAUAGUACAACCGUUGUUACAAACCCUAGUGUGAACUCAAAUCCUGGUGCAGGACAACUAUAUAUUACUGAAUUUGAAAAUGGGUCAAACAAUAGCAUAUUCAUAGAUAUAUUUGCUGCUUUAGCUAUGUUUAUCCCCUUUUUGUGGAUUUAG